AUGGAAAUGGAAAGAAAUUCAAUUUCUUUCGACUUGGCACCUUUACCUAAGCUUGAAAAUGAUUAUUGUGAAAUUGGUUACAGUAACAAGGCACUUUCAGCAGCAGAAAAUUAUGUUAGAAAAUUUCAAAGAGUGACAAAUGGCUGUAUAAUUGAUGUAAAAAAGGAUAGAUGCAAGACAUUUAUUUAUUUUUAUCUUGGAUUCGGUAUUGAAAGAAAUAGGUGUAAAGCAUAUUCAUGUUGUCAAAAUUUGGGAAAAUACAAUGGAACGUUUCAAGUUGAAGCAAUGAAACUAGAAUCGAAAUGA